GUAGGUUCAUGUUCUGACACUCGUGAAGUAGCCAAUGACUCCUCCACAGGGGUCCCGCGGAAGGAUGACCAGCCCCCGUCGACAGCUGUGCUGGCGCAAUGUUUUUGUGACUUUUGCAGUCUGUACCCGGUACCAUGGCGUCUGGCGAGGAGGACGGAACUGUUGAGGAGAAAGAAACCAACAACAAGAAGCGGACGAAAGGCGCCAUCGCAACGGCAUGGCUCACGUUCUACAAUAUCGCCAUGACAGCUGGGUGGUUUGUUUUGGCUGUCGCCAUGGUCCGCUAUUAUCUUCAGAAAGGCACCCAUAGAGGCUUGUACAGAAAUAUAGCCAGGACACUUAAAUUUUUCCAGACAUUUGCACUACUAGAGGUUGGACACUGUGCUAUUGGUAUGUACUGAAUUUUGAAGUUAAUAAGCAUAUAAUUGCAGAUGUAUA